AUGGGGAUUUGUUUGGGGAAAUCUUCUAGGCUUGCUCAUGCUUCUUCUGACCAAUUGUCUGAUGGUAAAGCUGCACCUCCUAAUCCAGAACAGUUUUCAAAUCCUUUAAACCAGCCAACAUUUUCAGGGUCCUUGUGCAAAGCUCUUAUGGCAUCAAAACAAGGUGUCUCCAGCAACCUGAAAUCCUUUACGUUCAACGAUCUCAAGAAUGCCACGAGGAACUUCCGAAGUGAUAGUCUUCUUGGGGAGGGAGGCUUUGGAUUUGUCUUUAAAGGAUGGUUAGACGAGCACACAUUGGCUCCGACCAGACCAGGAACCGGGAUGGUAGUUGCCGUCAAAAAACUUAAGGCCGAAAGUUUUCAAGGUCACCGGGAAUGGCUAACCGAAGUAAAUUACUUAGGUCUUCUGCAUCAUGAAAAUCUUGUGAAGCUAAUUGGGUACUGCUCAGAAUCUGAGAGUCGGCUUUUAGUCUACGAGUACAUGACGAAAGGAAGCUUGGAAAAUCAUCUGUUUAGAAAAGGAGGGCAACUUAUGGCGUGGCCUACAAGGAUGCAUAUUGCAGUUGAUGUUGCGAGAGGAUUGUCCUUCUUGCAUAGUUUAGACGCCAAUGUAAUCUAUCGCGACCUGAAGGCAUCCAAUAUACUACUUGAUUCGGACUUCAAUGCAAAACUUUCAGACUUUGGCCUUGCAAGGGAGGGUCCUCGUGGAGAUAGAACUCAUGUAUCAACCAGAGUUGUGGGUACUAGGGGUUACGCUGCACCGGAAUAUGUUGCAACAGGCCACUUGACUCCAAAGAAUGAUGUGUACACCUUCGGAGUCGUUUUAUUAGAGCUAUUAUCUGGUAAACGUGCAGCAGGCGAUGAGAAUGUGGGAGGUGCUGAUGAAACCUUGGUGGACUGGGCAAAACCGUUCCUAAACGAUAGUAGGAAAGUCUUGAGAAUUAUGGACUCAAGGUUAGGAGGUCAGUACUCUAAAAAGGAGGCACAAGCUACAGCUGCCCUUGCAUUACAGUGUCUCCACACGGACCCUAAACAUAGGCCAGCCAUGACCGAGGUCCUGGAAAAGUUGGAACAACUUCAAACAAUAAAAGACGGCCCCAGAAGUUCACCCCAAGCCAAUGCUGAAACUAAUGUGUUUGAGAAGUCGAUCCCUCACAAAACAGUACGAUAUGUUGGUCGAACAAGAUGA